AUGGGAACUAUGUCACAAGAAUCAGCAUUAAUAGAACAAGUAAUUGAACAACCUGAUAGUUUGGUAAUUUCUCCACCUUCAGACUUAUCAUCAUAUAAUCAUAUCCAACCAUUUGUAUAUCUCGAAGGCGAUAAUGACAAUGACAGUAAGACAACUACAUCACAAACCAAUCACAAUGUUUUACUUAUUUUGAAUCAAAAAAUCACCAUUGAUUUGAUAUCAUUAUGGAACAAAUGUGAAAUCAUAGUAUGUGCUGAUGGAGGAGCUGAUAGUUUAUAUGAAUAUUUUAGCAACAACAACAACAAUCAUCAUCACCCAAAUUUACAACGAAGUGAUUAUAUACCCGAUUAUAUAGUUGGUGAUUUUGAUUCAAUUUCUCCUGAUGUGAAAGCAUAUUAUCAAUCACAUGGAAGUAAGACCAUUCGUCAAUCGAGUGAAUAUUAUAAUGAUUUCACCAAAUCAAUACAUUGUAUUCAAUUACAUUAUCAAUUAAAUCAUGAGAAUGGAAAUUGGUUUGAAUCUGUUAAUAAUGUCGAUGGAUUAGCUAAAUUAUGGGACAGUUUAGAUCAUACUAAUCGUGGUAUUGAUAUUACAAUAUAUGUUCUUAAUGCCAUUGGUGGAAGGUUUGAUCAAACAGUGCAAUCAAUUAAUCAAUUAUAUAUAAUGAAUAAAAUUUAUCCUACAGUUACAGUAUUUUUCAUAACUGUUAAUGAUAUAAUUUUCUUAUUGAAAAAGGGAGUCAAUUAUGUUAGUUUUACCAAUAGAUUGACUUUCCAUAAAGAUGAUGGAUUACCACCAACAUGUGGAUUAUUACCAUUAAGUAAUUCAACACCUAUUGUACUAACUAGUUAUGGAUUGAAAUAUGAUAUGAGAAAUUGGAAAACUGAAAUGUCGGGGAAAGUUAGUUCAAGUAAUCGAAUUAGUGGUGAAACAGGGUUUAUUGUUGAAUGUUCUGAUGAUAUUGUUAUGAAUAUUGAGAUUGAUGUUUGA